AUGGAAGCUGAGGAGUUCAAGCCUGAACCUUCCAUCAGAGAGGCAAAGCUACAUCCAGGAGUGUAUAUAAGCACCUUGGCUAGAGUGCUACAUCUCUUUGCUCUCCCAGCCCAGUUGAGGCUGCUGCUUGGAGCUCAGUCCACCGGUUUCUGGAGUCCCCUUUUCUUCGCCUUUGCCACCGUCCUUGUCACGCUCAGUGCAACUAUGCAUCCUUGUUUGCUACGAGUGGCUGUGGUGUGCUCAAAUAAUCAGAACCGCAGCAUGGAGGCCCACAGGCUCCUCAAGAAACGAGGAUUCAUCGUCAAGUCCUUUGGAACAGGAACUCGAGUUUGCCUCCCAGGACCAACCCCAGACAAUCCUAAUGUUUAUAAUUUCAAAACAACAUAUAAUCAAAUGUACUGUGAUCUUCUUAAGAAAGACAAAGAACUUUAUACCUCUAAUGGUAUUUUGAACAUGUUGGGCAGAAAUAGAAGAAUUAAGCCCCGGCCAGAAAGAUUUCAGAAUUGUAAAGAGGUGUUUGAUCUCAUCUUUACAUGUGAAGAGAGGGUCUAUGACAAUGUAGUAGAAGAAUUAAAUUCCAGAGAUCAGGAGACCUUUAAGCCAGUCCAUGUCAUCAAUGUGGACAUUCAGGACAACGAAGAAGAAGCCACUUUGGGAGCUUUUCUCAUUUGUGAGCUUUGUGAGUGUAUACAGCAGGCAGAAGACAUGGAAAACGAGAUCGAUGACUUGUUACAGGAAUUUGAGGAGCAAAGCGGUAGAACUUUUCUCCACACAGUCUGUUUUUAUUAA